AUGGAGAAGACAGAUGCAGACGGCCAGCCACUCAAACCCGACAGGGAGAGGGAGCAGCCCCGCAGCCUCCCCUAUUCUGUGGAGACACCCUAUGGCUUUCACUUGGACCUGGACUUCCUGAAGUACGUGGAUGACAUCGAGAAAGGGAACACCAUCAGAAGGAUUCACGUCCACCGAAAAGCCAAGCAGCCCAAGUUCAGCACCCUGCCCCGAAACUUCAGCCUGCCCGAGAACGGCUCCCGUGGCUGCGGGGCUGCUCCCAGCAAGAGCUCCUUCCCAGCCACCUGCUCCUUCCCCCAACGAAAGGCAUCGCUGGGGGCAGAGGAGACCCCCCAUCCCCUCCUGCCCAGUGAGGCAGCCCUUCCCAUGGCUGAUGAGCCGAGUUACCGGAGAAAAGCGCUUUUGGCGGAGACGCGGCGACAGGCGGAGCUGGAGCGGCCGCAGCUGCUGCGAGCCUCCAGCAUGCCGGCUGCUUUGCUACCUGGCCAGCCCCUACCAGGGGAUGGGAGGGUGCUCUCACCUCUCCGGCCACCUCCCCAGUACUGCCAUGACCAAAUCAGCUCCGAAAGCACAUUUCGCCCCACAGCACAUGCACCCAGCUCCAAUGGCAUCGUACUGCAUCUCCCCCAGGAGAUGAGCUUGGAGCAAGAUGUCUCCUUGGGGCAGAAGGAUCAUCCUGGUGGAGGAAGCCCAGGGCUGGGACAGAUGCAGCCCCCCUGGCAGACCCAGCAUCCCACAGUACUACAGCUGCAGGUGGUGAUGGAGAGCAGAGGUGAGGAAGGUGAUGCCAUUGACGACAGUGGUUGCUCCACCGUGGCUGGGAGUGAGCAAGCCUCACUGGCUGCCCUCCAGCUUGCAGAGAAGAACAUUAACCCUGGGGAAAAGGAGUUAAGUGUGAGUGAACUCGCUCCAAAAGUGCUGAAGAAAGCUGAGGAGGGGAGUGUCCAGGCUGGAGAGAACGAGAACUGUGUUGCUCAGCCUCAUAAUGCUGGAGAGUCCGGUGGGGUUGCCAAGCUGAAGCAGCACAUUGCUGCUCUGGAGGAGCAGCUGGGCAAGAAGAAGGAAGAGCUAGAGCAGAUCAAGGCAGUGCUGGAGCAGCAGGAUCAGGAGAUCAAGGAGAAGAAAAAAAGCAUUAAGUUACUGGCCAGCUCCAAAGCUCAGCUGGAAGAGAAGCUGAAGGAAAGCAGCACAGAGGGCAAGCUGCCAUCCAAGCAGAGCAAGGAGGCUUUGCAGUGCCACGAUGCUGCAGUGAAUACCGACCUCUCGCAGGUAACUGGGGCCAAGCAAGGCCACAAUAAAGGCAUCAACGUGAAUAUCCCGGUCCCCACCAGAUCCGUAGGAUGCAGCAUCCAGAGAGCAGACGUGAACGCACAGACGGGGGAGCUGGGUACUUGGAGAGAUCUGCCAGAUGCUCACACCAGUGUCAGUGGGGUGGGACUUGGACAUCUGGGUGAAGCUGAUGUUGAGGCUGGACUCUCUGUACCGUGCUUCACCCAGCUGAAGGCUGCCGAGUGUCUCAGUGACGACAAUCAGAACCACAGGAGCGACUGCCAUACCCAGGGCCUCGCCACGCACCCCGGGACUGCAGGAAGCUGUCGGGCAACAAGAAACAGCUCAGACAGGGGCGAGAACAAAGCAGGCUCUGGAGAAGAUAAACCUCCAGAUGGGCUAGAAGAGGAAGGUCCCCCUGACCAUGAGGAUCUCCCUGCUCUUGACCCCAUUGGCCAAUAUGUAAAAAAAAUCCAGGAGCUUCUGCAGGAGCAGUGGCUGUGUUUGGAGCACGGCUACCCUGAGUUAGCGAGCGCCAUCAAGCAGCCGGCCUCCAAGCUCAGCUCCAUCCAGAACCAGUUAGUUAAUUCCUUAAACUCGCUGCUUUCUGCCUACUCCACGCGAGGGCCUGCCCAGAAGGAGAACUCCAACACAUACCAUCAACAGUUGGAAACCUCUCCAACCACAAGUCUUAAAUCUAUCAUGAAAAAGAAAGGUUAUGGUUUUCAUGCAGGAGGCAAUGACACCAAAAAGAAUCUUCAGUUUGUUGGGGUAAAUGGUGGCUAUGAAACAACUUCAAGUGAAGACACAAGUUGUGAAGACAGCCAGUCGGAUGGUGAUGCCGAGAGUGAGACGGAGAGAAAACUCGACGACUCGGAGCCCACGGGGGUGGAAGCUGGAGGUGAAAGCAAGGAGGCUUCCUCAGGGACCUCCUUGCAGGAGAAACAUGAGGAUGAUGGCCUUCAGAAACCGUCAACAGAAGCAGCACCUUGCACUCAGCGUAAGGCUGACAGAUGCAAACCCUCUGAAGCUUUCCUUGCCAACUGCCAGCUCCUCAGCAAGCACCUCUCAGAAAUCAGGACCACGAGUGACAAGCAUCUGCGGCACAUCCUGAGCACCGUCUGCCAGGAGUGGCUCUGGGUGUCGAGCCACAAGAACUCCAGCACGGAGGUGGUCGCAGAGUAUCUCAAGGAGCUGGGCGCCAUCCAGCCCCAGCUCCUGGAGGUGGUGGUGAACCUGGCUGACAGGAAUGGCAACACCGCUCUUCACUACAGUGUUUCCCACUCCAACUUCCCAAUUGCAAGGCUUCUGCUGGACACAGGUGUGUGCUGCCUGGACCUGCAGAACCGCGCUGGCUACACGGCCGUGAUGCUCACUGCGCUGGCAUCUGCCGAGACAGCUGAGGAUAUGGAGGUGGUGAUGAAGCUGCUGAAGGAGGGGGAUGUCAACCUGCGAGCAGCACAGGGGGGUCAGACUGCACUGAUGCUGGGGGUCAGCCACGAGCGGGACGACAUGGUGCGAGCCCUCCUCUCCUGCCAGGCCGAUGUCAACCUGCAGGACGAGGAGGGGACAACGGCACUGAUGGUGGCCUGCAGGCAGGGCAACGCCGACAUCGUCAAGCUCCUCUUGGCCCAGCCUGGCUGCCAGGUCAUGCUGACAGACAAGGAUGGUAACUCAGCCCUGUCACUGGCCCAGCAAGCUGCCUACGGGGACAUUGCCAUGCUGCUGCAAGCCCACAUCGGGCAGAGCUCAUCCAUCUCUGCAUGA